AUAAUCAUAGUGAAUGUUCAAAAUCACCAUUAUGGAAUGAUUAUAUAUUCAAUGAUGAUAGUGAUAAUAACGUAUAUAAUAUAAAGUAUAAUUAUCCAUGGCAAAAUACUGUAGCAGCACAAUUUAGACAAAAAGAUCAAAAACAAUCGAAUUUAGUUUCUAAUGGUUGUUGGUACCCAAAAACUUUUAAAAAGGCUGUGAUCAUAAUUAUUGAUGCGCUUAGAUUUGAUUUUGCAAUUCCUUAUCUAAAUAAACAAUUUCAAAAUCCUGUAAACCAUUAUUAUUUAAAUAAACUUCCCAUAUUUAAUCAACUUCUUACAACUCAACCAUCAAAUUCUUUAUUAUUUCAAUAUGUUGCCGAUCCACCUACAACCACUUUACAACGUCUAAAAGCUCUUACAACUGGAACCUUACCAACUUUUAUUGAUGCUGGUAGUAAUUUUGCUGGUUAUGCUAUCGAUGAAGACAAUUUAAUUUAUCAAUUUAGAAAUCUAGGUAUGAAAAUUGCCUUUAUGGGUGACGAUACUUGGAUUUCUCUAUUUCCUGAUCAAUUCGAUCAAAACAUGACUCAUCCUUUUCCCUCUUUCAAUGUUUGGGAUCUACAUACUGUUGAUAAUGGAAUUUUAAAUUUAUUGGGUCCAACAUUGAAACGGGGAAGUGUUCAUGAUUCUUCUCAAUGGGAUGUAUUAAUUGCUCAUUUCUUGGGCGUUGAUCAUUGUGGACAUCGUUAUGGACCUGAUCAUCCGGCUAUGGCUGAAAAAUUAGGUCAAAUGGAUGACAUGAUACGAAAUGUUAUUAGGGAUAUUGAUAAUAAUACUGUUGUGCUUGUUUUGGGUGAUCACGGUAUGGAUUCUAAAGGUGAUCAUGGUGGUGAUAGUGAUGAUGAGGUUGAAUCUACACUUUUCAUGUAUAGUAAGAAACGUUUAACACAUGACGCGACAAAUGUUCUUUCCAGGAUUUAUCAAAAAUUAGAUGCGAUCGAAUCUCAUGGUUCAAAGUCGUUUACCAAAAGGUUUGGAACUUGGAGAUCUAUUCCUCAAAUUGAUCUUGUUCCAACUUUGGCUCUCCUUCUGGGAACUCCAAUACCAUUCAACAAUUUGGGUAUGAUAAUCCCUGAAGUGUUUCUUUUUAAUUCUGAAGAUUCCGAUCUAAAUAUAAACGAUCAAUUAAUGAAUCUCUUGGAUGUUACGCGUCUUAAUGCCGAACAGGUAUAUCGAUAUACCAUAGAGUAUUCGCUUCAACAACCAUCUACUGAAUUAUCAAAUGAUGCUAUUCAUGUUCUUCGAAAUAUGUUUGAAAAUGCUGAAGCAAAAUAUAAUUUAUUGAAGAAUUCUCCUGAUUCAUCACUAAAUGAUGAUUUGGAAGAUGCAAUCGUACUUUACAUGAAUUUUCUAAAAAAUACUUUGUUUAUAUGUCGACGAUUGUGGGCUCAAUUCGAUUUAUAUCUGAUAAUAACAGGAAUUAGUAUCUUAACUUUAACUACACGAAUUGCUUCAUAUUCCACUAUAUGCAGAGAAGAACAAAUGCCUUAUUGUACUUCAACGUUUUAUAUUUCUCAAACAUCAACCGUAUCAUCUCCAUUUACUUUGACAAUAUUGAUAGCAAUGACAGUAUUUAUGCCGUUCAUUAUUUGUCGUCUAUUAAAAUUAUCUGGAAGUUAUAAUGGUGUAGCACCUCUGUGGAUUGAAUUUGGGCUAAGAGGUGGAUUAAUAUUAUCUGCCGCUUAUUGGAUAAUGGAUAACUUGGAUAGUAAUUCUACUUCUUCUGUAGUUACUGGUAGAGAUGAAACGAAACUUAACACAACGAAUAUACUGUUCAACCAAGAUUUGAAAAUGAUCGAUAUUGAAACGGACGAUAUGUUAAAAGAAAACUCCAACAAAUUAGAUAAAAAUACGAAUGUGAAAUUAAAAAAUCCAGAUCGUCAAGCGUCAUCGUCAUCAAAACAAUCAGUGAACUCCCAAAAUGAUAAAAAAGCAAUUGAAAUAUUGGG